CGCGCGAUCGCCCUCAUGGCGCGCUGCCCCGCGCUCGCCGCGCGCGAGGCGGCCGUGCACUGCGGCCAGGGACGGUCCCGAUGUCUCCGCGAGAAGAUAACGAGACCGCAUCAUCGUCAUCCCGCGUCGAGGCGCGCAUCGACCCACUCGCGUGGUGCCGCCGUCACGACCGCCGUCAUGGACCCGAACGCGUUCCCGUCUCAGCCCGGUGGAACGACGGCGCAGCCGCGGGGAGCACCCCCCGGGGUUGGUCCUCAGAAGAGGGUGAGGGACAGCCUAGGCGUCGCGGGAAACAACGACAGGACGUGGCAAGAUCGGCUCGGCGGGUUGAAGGCGCGGGGGCCCGGGAUGGGCAAGAACGGACCCAGGCGCGUCAUCAAGCGGACGGUGACGAAGCCGUCGGAGGCGGCGGUGCCAAAACCAAAGCCCACCGUCGCGGGCGAGCGCGAGUGGGCGCGGGUCGAGACGAUGCGCGCGCAGCAGGCGGCGGCAGAGGCCAGGCGACGCGGCGCAAAUGGCCGCGACGUGUCGUCGUCCACGAACAAUACCAACGCGCCGUGGCAGAAGGAGGAGACCGUGUCCUACUCGUUCUUCGGACAGUCCAGGGUUCGAUACCCCGCCGCGUCGCUCGCGGACCCUGCCGCGUCGCGCGCCGUCUACGAAGACUCCGAGCUGGACAAGACGGCUAUACAGGUCAACGCGCUGUUACUCGCGGAAGCCGCCGGGGUUGACCCGAAUGUGCUCAACGGCGGCGACGUUCGUUCGUUCGCCGCGCUCGCCGAGGCUGCGCACCACCUCCGGCGCCAGCACUCUCCCGAGGACCUUCGACGAAUCGUGGGUAAGAUCAUGCGAUCGCAAAUCACCGGCGGGAUACCCCCGGGCGGAACCGGGGUGGCGCAGUUUCUACUCCCCGGCGCGGUGCUUCGAGAGACGACGGGGACGAUUGCGUCCGAGAUGGCGGAGUGGAUGUUCGGGCCGACGACGCGGGAGACGAUGGCGGGACCGAACGGGCGGGACGUGACGGUGGUGAACGUCAAGAAGUGCAGGUACCUCGAGGCGACGGGGUGCGCGGGGGUGUGCGUGAACAUGUGCAAGUUACCCGCGCAGGACGUGAUGCGCGAGGAGUUUGGCGUCGGUUUGUACGUGGCGCCAAACUUUGAGACGUGCUCGUGCAAGAUGUACUUCGGGCAGGAGCCGCUGCCGGAGCAGAUCGAUCCGGCGCUGAGCAGGGGGUGCCUGUCGCGGUGCGGGGUCGCGGCGAUGAACACGCCGCCGCCGCCGCCGCCUCCGCCGGCGCUGCCGAUCGGUGCGGACGGUUGGCCGGCGGCGGUGGCGUGGACGGAGGAUUCGGUGGCCAAGUUUUACCAAUCGCUUCCGCCGCCGCGUCUGGAAAAGUGCCCGGAGCUGCCGAAGAAGGCCCGGGUCAUCUGACGUGUACGAACGCGUUCAUCUGUACACGUGUAACACAACGAGAAGAGAGAGACUAAGCGACGCU